AUGGUACUCUUUCGUCUCCACGUCUGGGGACCAGCUUUCGGGCUCGCCAGCAUCGACGCAGAGUGUCUCGCCACAAUCACCUACCUGGCAAACGCCCUGCAAGGCGAUCAAUGGGAGAUUGUCGCAACUAGCCCCUCAGGGGUUCCAACGCAUUCCCUUCCCGCGCUCCAUGAGACCGGAUCCGGCCUGUGGUCCUCGGGCUUCACCUCCAUCACCGGCCGCCUCCGCGACCUCGGUGGAGAUACCUGGGACCUCGAUCGUGAUCUGGACGUUGCCCAGAGAGCUGACUCCACCGCCUACACGAGCUUCCUCAGGUCAUCGGCCGCGCCGCUGGUCGCCCUAUCUCUCUACGUCUCGUCAGCGAACUGGGCCGCCACCACCCGCCCCGCCUACAGCAAUGUCCUCCCCUUCCCACUGACGUGGACUGAGCCCCUCUCCAUCCGGCACCAGAUGUGCGACACGGCAGACCACCUCGGCCUGUCCGACCUCAACGUCGACGACGACGGCGGCCGCGCCGCCCAGGCGCAGGGCUCCGCCACGAGCGAGUCCACCGACGGCUUCCUCAAGGUGCCAGACCGCCUGAAGCCGCGCCGCCGCGGCGUGAAGGCCGCGCUGUCGCCGGAGCAGACGGCUCUGUUCCGGCUCGAGGCUACAGCCAACGACUGCCUCGCUGUGCUGGCGGACCUCAAGGCGGCCGCCGACAUGGAGGGCGGCGGCGAGCGCUCCUUCUUCGCCCGCGCCGGCCCCAACGACAGGCCCUCGGCCCUCGACUGCCUGGCCUUCGGCUACCUGGCCCUGAUGCUCGUGCCCGACGUGCCGCGGCCCUGGCUCAAGGACCUGGUGCGCCGCCGCCAUGAGGCCCUGGCGCUGUUCGUGGACAGCAUGCGCGACACUGUCUUUGGCGGCGACGUGAGCUCCAGUUUACCUUGGGCGGAUUCGUCGCACGUGUCCGAUGCGGACCAGCAGCAGCCGUGGGCGGCGACACGCUUCGCAAGGGGCGUGGUCGCGGCCUCGGUGCCUCGCGCCUGGGUGCUGCGCGACGCCCCGUCCAAGUCAGCGUCAGUGGGGUCGACCGUCCUGGCCGCACUGGGCAGCGGCGCCGCCCUACUGGGCGUGUUGGGGAGCGCAUUGCUGUACCGGCACAUGCCGCCGCUGGGGUCGUCGUUGUACCGGUGGGAGAUGCCGCGGCGGCGGGCGUUUGGGGCUGCCGGGGCGCUGUUUGGUGUUUGA